AUGUCUUAUUCAAACUAUAAUCACCCUCCCUACAAUGCCAAUGAUAAUCCACGGUCCCAUGAGCAUAGUAGACACGGCUAUUAUCAACAGCAUCCCAAUUAUACAGACCAUCACCACUACCACCAGCAUCAGCACCACAAUGGUAUGCUGCAUCCGAAUAGACCACCGGUGAACAAUAUGGCUGGAGGCCAUCAUCAUCCUCCUCCUCCUCCUCCUCCUCCUCCUAUCCCACCACAAGGCAAUCAUCAUCCUUAUCAUAGAAGUAAUACAACCAUCAAUAGAUCAAAAUCACUCACUAGACCAGAAAGACAAAGACCACGUCAAGGUCUUAUUCAUCAUAACCAACAACCACAAGAAGACGGAGCGCCAUCUCAUCCCGGCCUAAACCAUCGAAGACCGCCUGCCUCCUACAACAACCCUCACCCUCGUGAGAAUUAUAAUUACAAUCAGCAACCCAUGUCAGAUAAUUUACAAGCCCAAUUGGCCCAACAAAAGAAACAACUCAACAUGCCCUCCUCUGUCAGCACAGACAGCAGCAGCAGUGUUCUCGAACCCUCCCAUAAAAACCCAAAAAAGGAAAAAGAGCCACCUGUAUUGACAAAUUGGUGGGCAUGGGUGGCUUUCCUGUGCACAUGCUGUAUUCCCAAUAUCAUCAUUCGUAAAUGGUUUGGCAAGACAAACAAAGGUAUGCAACAGGCCUGGAGAGAAAAAGUUACUUUGUGUUACUUGGUGCUAUUUUUAUGUGCUAUACUGGCUUAUGUCACUUAUGGUUUACACUUCAAUCUCUGCCCAGCCAAUAACAGAUACAGUCCCUAUUCGGCAUUGGAUGAGCAUGGUCAACGCCAGCCGUUACCAAGAAAAGAUGUCACUGUGUUUGGUCGAUUUUACGAUUUUAAAACCAUGCAACACUAUCUUCAGAAGCAAUCCGUUGAUUUAACCGACGAUUUUAAAGGUGUAGAACUAGGUCCUUUAUUCGAUAUAGAUACCAAUAAUAACUGUGCUGCUUAUCCUGAUGCGAAACCCCCUUGUUCAGUCAAGAAUGCCGAUGGCAAGAAAUUACAAAAGCCUGAUGGCUCUUGUCUCUCUUAUAAGCAAUUGAACAAAAAGCUUAAAAGCGAUCAUUAUCUCAGUUUCGAUUGGCAGGAUGUACGAUCUAACGAUCAAAGCAUGGCCAAUUCCAAUUUAGCCGUCGUCGUCAAUACGAUCGUCGACCUUUCCAGCUAUUUCGAUACCAACAAGCCUAUCUUUGGUGACAGUGUGGAUCGUGCCAUCCGUCAAACACGCGGCAACGACUUGACCUAUGCCUUACUCUAUACUUCGGAGGGUAAAAAGGCACGUGCUUGCAUUGAAUCAAGAUACGGUGUCGGUACGGCUUCUCAAGAAGAUGGUAGCUGUAUUGCCAAUAAUAUCAUCAUGACCGUCAUGUUUGUCGUUAUCAUCAUCAUCAUCAUCAUCCGUUAUUCCAUGGCUCUUUUGUUCCAAUGGUUCAUCUCUCGUCGUUUGACAAAGCCCGGGGGUCGUUCCAAUUGGCUCGCUUGGCGUUCCAUCAAGGGUGGCAACGACGAUCCUGCCAAUCACAUACCGGGCCCUUACAACAAUUACGGUCCCCUCCUGCAUGGUUCUGUCAAUUCCCUCAACUCUGCGGCUCUUCAACACAACCACCACCACCACCACCCUCAUCACAGCAACAGUCAUAGCUUCAGUAACAGCGUCAGGACGAAUAGCACAGGCCCCAGAGCCGCAGGCGAUCAGGUCGCUUUGAACGGGGUGCAGACCGACAUUGUCGAUACAGAACUCUACACCGUCAUGCUGGUCACUUGUUAUUCUGAAGGCGAAGAAGGUCUGCGCACCACCAUGGACAGUUUAUCCAACACGACCUACUCCAAUAAACACAAGAUCUUCUUUGUCAUUGCCGACGGUCUGAUCACGGGCGCGGGCGAAUCGCGUUCCACCCCCGAUAUCGUGGUCGACAUGAUGGAUUUGUCGCCCGCCAUGGCCAACCCCAAGGCGUGUUCGUACUUGGCUGUCGCCGAUGGUGAGAAGCAGCUCAACAUGGCGAAAGUGUAUGCCGGUCAUUACAACAACACGCCUUGUAUCACCAUCGUCAAAUGCGGUACCGAAGAAGAACAAAAGGGCCCGAAACCGGGCAACCGUGGUAAGCGUGAUUCCCAAGUCAUCUUGAUGAGUUUCUUCCAACGCGUCAUCUUUAACGAUCGUUUGUGUGAGCUGGACUAUGAAAUCUUUUGGAAAAUGACGUGGUUGAUGAAGGGUGUGACGCCAGACAAGUUUGAACUGGUCCUCAUGGUCGAUGCCGACACGCAAGUCUUGCCCGACGCCCUGACCUACAUGGUGGCCGCCAUGGCCAACGACAUCACGAUCAUGGGUCUCUGCGGCGAGACGCGUAUUGCCAACAAACGAGCGUCCUGGGUGUCCGCGAUCCAAGUCUUCGAGUACUAUAUUUCUCAUCACUACGCGAAAGCCUACGAAUCCCUGUUCGGUAUGGUCACUUGUUUGCCUGGCUGUUUCAGUAUGUAUCGUAUCAAAACCCCCAAGCACGGCUCAUGGGUUCCCAUCUUGGCCAGCCCGGACAUCAUCAUGGACUACAACCAGAACGUCGUCAACACCUUGCACGAAAAGAACUUGCUGUUGCUUGGCGAAGAUCGUUUCUUGUCGACCUUGAUGCUGCGCAACUUUCCCAAGCGACAAAUGAUGUUUGUGCCUCAAGCCCGUUGCCGUACGAUCGUGCCGGACGAAUUCAAGGUGCUGCUGUCGCAGCGUCGUCGUUGGAUCAACUCGACUGUGCACAACCUGAUGGAACUCGUUCUUGUCUCUGAUCUCUGCGGUAUCUCGUUCCUGUCCAUGCAAUUCUCUGUCUUUAUCGAUCUCAUCGGUACUUUUGUCCUGCCUGCUGCUAUCGUCAUGACCGUCUACCUUAUCGUGUCGUCGGCUGUUUCCGGUCAUCCCGAAUGGCAAUCGAUCGGUCUCUUGAUUGCUAUCUUGUUCUUGCCUGCUAUUUUGAUUGCCAUGACCACCUUCAAGUUUAUCUACGUCCUAUGGUUACUUGUCUAUUUGAUCGCCCUCCCUGUCUGGAAUCUCAUCUUGCCCAUCUACUCUUUCUGGCACUUUGAUGAUUUCUCAUGGGGUGCUACCCGUAUGGUAGAAGGCGAGAAGAAGGGUGAUUCUCAUGGUGACGCCAGUGGUAAAUUUGACUCCAAGAAACUCAUCAUGAAGAAAUGGGAAGAUUGGGAAGCUGAACGUACAGGAGGUCUUCGUCAAGACCGUAAAUUCCCUCUCAAGACACCUGAAGAUAGUCUUGUCCAAUAUGAUGCCAAUUAUAGUCCCAAGUCACCUUACAGUACUACACGUAAUAAGUAUCUCUAA